UUUGACAGGAGCAAGGACCACUUCACGCGAGGGGGCCGCCAUGUUUUCUCCCCACUCCAACUCGGAAACUACGAGUCCAAAGCAAUCGAUAGAAGAAACUCGGAUUGUCCAGUGGCAAACAGAGAUCGAAGUCGCGUUUAAAUAUAGUUUAGCACCACGCAUGAUUGGGCUCUCCUGCCGGUGCGUCUGUCUGGCUCUCGAGCGAGAGUGGCUGAGCCCGCUGGAGGAGAAGGAGGAGGAGGAGGCGGGAUGAGGAGGAGGGUGAGGCGGCACAACAUCACUUUCUCCCUCCUUGAGCGCAUCGGCGUGCUGGACGGAUGCAAGGCACGGACUUCUGACUGCACACAUACAACAUCUAACUAUUAUCAGACUAUGUUUUAAAAUGUACACUAUAGAUGCAUCUCUGGAAAUGGCUGCUUUUAUUUUUAUAAAUUAUCGUUUAUUUUUUGGGAGGGAUGCAACUGGAGCAACUCUGGCUUGGUCGAAAUGAGUAUUGAUAUUUUUUUUUUCUUUAAUUAUUAUUGGAAGAAGCAUUUUAUGACCACGAAUCUUCCUUGGAGUUAUCAUUGUUGUUUCGGACUGAGGGGACUGCUGUGAGCCCGUUUUACAAUGAUCGCCACCAGGUGUCAAAUUUGCCAAUAAUCCGCGUUGGACUCCGUGGAGAUCAGAAUAACCCCUGCACAACGGGAGAGACAAUUAAGUGACACAAAAAAGAAAAAGAAAAAAGAAAGAAAGUGGGGGGUCUCCGGAUCAACUUCCAAAAGUCUGGAAUAUUUGGAUCGAUGAUUUCCAGAGGACAGAGGAGCAAAUCCAUUUAAACCGGCAACAUGUUCAAAAGGGGCUGCGGGCUGGAGUUCCUGCUGGUCCUCUGCGGCCUGGAAUUUUCCUGGUCCUGCCCUCGCCACUGCAUCUGCUACACGGCCCCCAGCACCGUGUCCUGCCAAGCGCACAACUUCCUGACAGUCCCCGAAGGAAUCCCGCCCGACAGCGAACGUAUCUUCCUGCAGAACAACAAGAUCCACCGACUGCUCCAAGGUCACUUUAGCGCCAACACGGUGACUCUCUGGAUUUACUCCAACAACAUCACAUACAUCGAGCCCACGACCUUCCACGGCUUCACACUACUGGAGGAGCUGGAUUUGGGAGAUAAUCGCCACCUGCGCUCGCUGGCUGAAGAUACUUUCCACGGGUUGAACCGGCUCACUGCUCUACACCUCUACCGCUGCGGACUCAGCUCGCUUCCGAAUAACAUCUUCCAAGGACUAAGGAGUCUGCAGUAUCUCCACUUGCAGCAAAAUCAUCUAAAGUUCCUGCAGGAUGACACAUUUGCUGACCUUCACAACCUGAGUCACCUGUUCCUCCACGGAAAUCACCUGUGGAGACUCAACCAGAACACUUUUCGGGGUCUUCGGUCCCUGGAUCGUCUCCUUCUCCAUGAAAACCAGGUUGAGUGGGUUCACCACCUGGCGUUCCAUGACCUCAAACGUCUGACCACCCUCUUCCUAUUCAACAACUCACUCAUGCAACUAUCAGGGGACAGCUUGGACACGCUGCCUGCUCUGGAAUAUCUGCGUCUCAAUGACAACCCCUGGUCAUGUGACUGCAAGGCCCUCACUCUAUGGGAGUGGUUGAAACGUUUUAGGGGCUCGACGUCCUCUGUUGGCUGCCAAGCGCCUGUGGACAUGGUUGGAAAAGACCUGAAGGAACUGCGCAAGGAGGACUUCUCCAACUGUUCACCAAAUUCUGAAUCCAGAGCUCAGACCAACAAUUUAUCCGGCACGGUCAGCCCACCAUCCAUGAAUCGUGGGGUAGUGGCUGCCUCUGGGGGCCAGAGUAACGUGGUGAACCCCUCCAGGGCUGGCCGUCCUCGUAACUGCUCGAAGAACCGCAGUCGGGGGAGUAAAGGAAAGGGUGACAAUGAGGUCCACCACUCGAAGGAGGUCAUUGCAGAUAAGGAGGAGUCCUCUCCUGAUUUCUCAGAUGGAAGAAAACAUGAUCACACAUCUCCUGAUGGUACUGUCACAAGAAGGAAGCACAAGUGCGGUCCGCGAACCACUGUUCGACCCCCGAGUGGGGUUCAGCAAGCCAACAACAGGGCAAACUUAUCACGGCCCUUAUUAUAUGUCUACGCCGUUGUGGUUGCCUUGACAACAACAAAUAUUGACAUUAUUCUGCGCUGAUCUAUGGAGAGACUACUUACGGUUACUGCAAAGGACACAGUCCUCAAAAACACUCUCGCUCCUGGCUCUUGUGUCUUUUAUGUGCGUGUGUGUGUGAUUAUCUGUAAGUGUUGUAUAGGAACCUUAACCAUUCAGAUGAGCACAAGCAUAAAAAUAUCCACAAUAGAAGGACUCGUAGAUGUCCCACUGGAAAAUCUGAAAAUCUCAUCCAGACCAAGCGUGCGCUGCCACUGAAGCCAGCUUCUAUAGUCAUGGGUCUUUUUGUUGGUCUGUUUAAUCUCUGGACCUCGAAUAACCAAAUGUUGUGCAGAGGCAAACAUCCAAGCGGUAAAAACGUAAAUUUGGUCUUCAACGUUCCAUCGUGCGCAAGAGUUUAGCUGGAUUGAUGACCGAUGACGGACCAUGUAGGGCCUCUAUCAAGUGCUAAUUCCUUCUUUGCUAGCAGCAUCUCAAAAAGACCAUAAAUAUUCAUAAAGAGACAUAGGAAUGUAAAUAUUCCUCCUACAAAAUGGAAUUUAUAGCCACUGAUGAUUCAAGGCCAUAAAUAGCACGGAUAAGAAGCUCUUUCAUAGCAAGAAAUCGCUCCAACUAACUCAACACAGUAAGCUUGCGAUCCCCCCCUCCAAUAUGUGAGGCUGCCUUUAAUCAUUCUCUCCUGUUUGACUCUAUGCGAAACUGAUGUUUACAGUUGAAGUGUAAUUUUUUUGUCUCAGUGUCUGAAGUCAAAUUAGACUACACCCCUCCUGUUUCAAGUCAGUCAGAAUCACCAAAUUAAAUUUAAAUUUAAUUUUUUUAAAUGCCACUAAAAUGAAUUUGAGAAUUUCUUAGAGAAUGUUAUAUUACUUUUGUCAAAGGUCAAAAGUUUAUAUACAGAAAAAGUACUGUGUCUUUAAACAACACGAGCUCCGGAUAGGUUAACUGAAAACAUGGAAGUUAAUUGAAUGUAGACCUGUGGAUGUAUUUAAGGCCGCACCUCAAACACUCUGCUUCCUUGUUUGAAAUCAUGGGAAAAUCAAAAGAAAUUCACCAGGAAAUCAGAGAGCUCCACAAGUCUGGCUCAUCCCUGGGUGCAAUUUCCAGAUGUGCAUUCAUCAUUCACAUUCAUCUGUUGAAACAAUUAUACACACGUAUAAUCAUGGGAAAGCCCAGCCCUCACACCGCUCAGGAAGAAGACGGGCUGUGUGUCACACAGAUGAAUGUGUUUUGGUCCAAAAUGUGCAAAUCAACCCCAAAACAAAGACUAAAGACAAUGUGAGUGUCUGGAACAAGUCCUGCACCGACAUGGGCUGAAAGGCCACUCACCGAGAAUUAAGCCAUUACUCCUAAAGAAGAAGAAAAAAAAGAAAGAUUACACUUUGCACAAAGAAACCAAGACAAAGAUCUUAACCUCUGGACACAUGUCCUGUGGUCUGAUGAAUCUAAAGUGGAGCUGUUUGGCCAUAAUGACCACAUUACCUCUGGAGGAAAAAAGGGGAAUCUUGUAAACCUGAGAACAGCAUACCAACUGUGAAGCAUGGAGGUCGCAGAAUCAUGUUUUUCUGUUUUGGCGCAGCAAGAACUGGAGCUCUUCAUGAAAUAGAUGGCAUGAUAAAGAAAGAACAUUUCAUGGAGAUAUGAAGGCAACAUCUUGAGACAUUAGCCAGGAAGCAAAAAACUUGGGAGUGAAUAGGUCUUCCAAAUGGGCGAUGACCCAAAGUGUACUGCCAAAAUGGUUCAAAAGUAGCUUGAGGAUAACAAAGUCAAUGUGUUGGAGUGGCCAUAACAAAGUCCUGCCUGAUCUGAAUCCCAUCGAAAAUGUGUGGGAAGAUCUGAAAAGGCAUGUGCGAGCAAGGCAACCGACAUACCUGACCCAGUCACACCAGUUCGGUCAAGGGGAACAGGCCAGAAUUCCAGCACACUACUGUCAGAAGCGUGUGGAAAGUUACCCUAAAUGUUCGACCCAAGUCAUGCAGUUCAGAGGAAAUGCUCCUCGAUACUAAGGAAAUGUAUGUAAACUUUUGACCUUGAAGAAAAUAAAAUCUCUCCCCUUAUUGUGGCAUUUAACAAAAUAAAAAGAUAAAAAUUGGUGAUCGUGACUGACCUGAAAAAGUACAAGUUUAGUCUGAUUUGAGUUCAGACAGUGAGACAAAAAAUGGAAUGUGCGUUUUUCCACAGUGUAAGUAAACUUCUGGCUUCAACUGUAUGUCCGAAAGCUGUGGACUCCCAUGUGCAAUAUCCCAUUCGCUGGAUUCCGUGUGACGAAGAUGUGUGUCUGUACGUCGUGCUUGUAUGUUUUUUUUUUUGGUUUGUUUGUUUGUUUGUUUCUUUGUUUUUUUAUUUACUUUCCAAGACACACAGCGGACCUGGCAAUGAGCAGACGCUGCAGUGCCAGCGGGAAAAGCCAAACGGGGCUUUGUCAGGUUCCCCAGUGAGCUGGUGUCGAACUGAGCCUACCUGCCAGACACCCAUCAUUCAAUGAGGAAGACGUCUUUUCCUGAAUUAUGGACGUGGCAUAUAAGACUUUUGAGACAAAAAAAAAAAAAAAAACCAUUGCGUGUGCGCUAUCUCGAGUGACGUUUGAUUUGAACUCAAUACAAAAGAACAAUUCAACAGGAGCUGGCAAACAGAGGAAGACUUUUGCUCUCAUUCUGGGAUCUAAUGUGAUCCAGGACAAUUGAAGAUGAGUCCUGCAGGACAGACUGGGUUGAUGGACAAGUAUUGGAUGAGGCGCUGAACUUUUGGAGCUGAUGUGCCUCGCGCUAAUGGACUAGGAUGGUGUUUGUAUUGCCGAUGUAACAAUGGAACAGACGAUAGUACUGAUGUACAGUACAUGUCCCUUCAAACAAUGAGAAAAAAAUAUAUAUCAGUGGCAUCAAUUAUGAUAACAGGGUUUUUGCUCCUUAAAUCAGGAGAUGUUUUUAUUUUCUCAAGAUCAUUUUUGUCAUGGAAUAUUUUCAGAACCUUCAUUGGUUAAGCACAAAGUUGUCAACCUGCGUCCUCUCAUUCUAUAGUUUUGCAUUUGUGUCUUCAUUUUUUUGGGCGUCAC